AUGGGAGGUCUUGUGAACCAAACUGCUUUCAAUGACACGUUUGACUCGCCAGAUUCGACAAUGAUCGGCGUUAUUGUUUCUUUGAUGGAGAUCGGUGCAUUCCUAGGAAGCGUGAGCUCUGCUUUCUUCGGGGAAAGAAUCGGACGAAGAAAAAGCAUCGCCGUUGGGGUCGUCAUUUUAAUCCUUGGAGCCCUGUUGCAAGCUACCGCGUACCAUCGCUCUCAUCUCAUCGUCGGCCGGGUUGUCUCAGGAGUUGGUCUUGGGGUAGUAAACUCAACUGUACCCGUGAUGCAGGUGGAAUUCUCACCGAAGGCUACCAGAGGCCUAUACGUCUGCAUGCAACUGUCAACGGUUCAUUUCGGAAUUCUUGUGGCUGAUUGGAUUGACUACGGUUCCUCUACGCACACAGGCAGCUAUGCCUGGCGAGUUCCUGUAAUUCUUCAGUGUACUUUCCCAUUCCUGAUGCUUUUCUUCGUGUUCCUGAUGGAUGAAACUGCUCCAUGGUUUGCAGCCCACAACCGCCAAGACCAGGACCUGCAGGUUCUCCGCCAGCUCUAUAAUGACAACAUGCACGAGAGCGAUAUUACGGCCCUACACGAGGGUAUUCCCCGCAAGUUGCUCUCGAAAAAGCGGUGGGCGCAGGGUCGUGGAAGGACCUUCUGCGGAAUGAUGAGAUACAGAGCCAAAGACGGUUUCUCAUUGCUUACGCGAUACUUAUUUUCCAACCGCUUGGUGGAAUCAAUGCAAUUAUAUACUACUCUGCGACCCUGUUCGAGGAGUCGGUGGGAUUCUCAAAAUACAUGUCGGCCUUGA